UGUCAGGGAUGUAAAAUUUUGGGAUAAAAAAAUCAUAUAAAAAGUACAUGAAAUACAUUUAAAUGAGUACCCUGAUGUGUAAUUGCAAAGUUUUGUCCGUGAUUCUUCAUUAAAUGCAGGGUAUUUGAUCCAGAAACAUUUUAUUUAUGCUGGUUAAAAGUCUCCUCACACACCCUAUUAGCAAUCACUAUAUUAAAGCGUAACUAAACCCUAACCAAUUUAUUUUAGUUAAUGUUCUGUAAGAAUGAUGCUUUAUUAGUGCUGUUCAAUGAUUUUAUUAAGUUUUUUACAUUUGGAUAUAAAGUGUUUCAAUACUACAUAUAUAUGGGGUAACGUUUGAGUGCUGCCCUCUUCAGGUUGAACGGUGGCUACUGCAGUUGAAUUUUUCUGUUGGAUUGUGGGUCCAAAAAAAUGACUCGUGACGUAAGCAGGUUCAAGAUCACCACGCCCUUGUUACGAUCUCACCACUCACAGUUCGUCCCCUGUAUCCUUGGGAUCUGCCCACUUUUCUUGCUUUUUUCAAAUAUUGCCAGCCCAGUUUGUGGAGUCAGGCGGUUUGUUGCAUUGUUUGUAUUGGUAAGGUAGGUAACUUAACGCGAUAAGUUUGUAUUAAGAUGGAUUCAGAUUCUUUUUUGAUAAAACAUUGUUUUGUUUAUGAAAUUUGUGUUCGUUUACGGAUUAGUGUAACGAUAUAACUUAGUUACUACGUCUACACAACCGAAAGUGUGCUUUAACUAAUUCUGAUGUAAACCAGUUGUUUAUGUUGGUUAUUUUGGGAAUGUUAUUUACUUUGUACUGUAAGUUUUUGUUACUGGUGAAUGAGACAUGACAUGUUGACAUCUGAUCUGUGCGUGUUAAUGUGUUUUGAACAACAUAAAAGACUUUGGAUGGCGAUUUGAACGGAGGGUGGGGUCGUUAUUUCAUUGCUAGUCGGCUACCGUUAGCUUUUUCAAAAUUAACGUUACAUACCCUAAACAUCCAUUAUGAUGAGUCUUGUGUUCACUAAUCUAUCUAAUCUUGUUGAUUUUUGUUACAGGCUUGUGUUUCUUCUGUUUUCGGGUUUUUAGUUCCAGGACUGCAUUUACUUUUUGUUGUUAACACAUUUCCAGCCAUGGGCAGGUUAAUGGCAGAAUUGGUCCACAAAAUGGAGAAAGGAGGAAGAAAGCUGAUUAAGUGGUUGCAGAAAAAAAGGCUACUUGCACCAAAGAUGAAGUGCCCUGCUUGUAAGCACCACAUGAAAAUGGCAAAAUCAGGCUCUACAAGACUUGGUUAUAGGUGGAGGUGUCGAAGAAGCUGCCACGGGGACAUUUCAAGAACCAUAAAGAAGGGUUCAGUUUUUGAAGGUUCACACAUGGAUCUGUCAACCUGGCUCAAGAUUAUGCACAAUUUUGCUCAAGGUCUCAGAAAAAGACAUGUGGACAUGAUUGAGGAAGGGGUUAUUGGAAGCAGUGCAUCAAUCACUAAAGUGUAUGAUACACUUCGCCACUGCUGCGUUACUGCCAUUCAACGACUUAAGAAGAGAAAAAAGAUGAGAAUUGGUGGUAGACACUCUUUUGUUGUCAUUGAUGAAAGUAAAUUCUGCCACAAAAGAAAGUACAACCGUGGACGAUUUGGGAGAGCCUGGAGACGACAACGUACAUGGGUCUUUGGAUUGCUGGAGGUGAGGGCUGCACGUCGAAGACCAGUUUUGAAGUUGGUCAAAAGCCGUUCCAGAAGGCAUCUGCUACCCAUUAUACAAAAGUAUGUAAGAACUGGGAGUCAAAUUCUCAGUGAUAGCUGGAGAGCAUACAAUACCUUGCAACAGCAGGGUUACAUUCACUAUCAGGUGAAUCACAGACGCUUCUUCGUCCAUCCACAAUCGGGCGCACACACACAGCACAUGGAGCGUGCAUGGCGCUCAUAUAAAGAAAAUAUAUAUCGCUACAGGGGAAACCUCACUGAACAUUCAUUACAAAAAAAUCUUUGUCUGAUUGAGUGGAACUAUUGGCUUGGGAAGAAUCACAGACAUGGACCCAUUGGCCGCUUACUUCAUGACAUUAAAAAGGUUUAUAAAUUGAAAUGAGACAAAACAAGACUGGUCAUAACCAGAAGACAGUUGUUCGUCCUUGUGUGAUGUUUUUGUAGGGUGGCCUUUCGUUUGGACUUUAAGCCACUUCAUUUAAUCUUGAAUCAUUUAAUUCUGCAUGGACAAAAGAACAGGAUUUUAUAUAAAGUGCUGUUGUCGCUUGUGCUGCUGCAGAAGGUGAACUUCUGCGUUAAGAAUUAAAAAUUUGAUUUUAUUUACUUUUCGCAUUCAUUAUUUGUUUAUUUAUGUAUUUCUUUUAUUAUAGAAGUCCAGAAAUGUUAUGUUUUAGGGCACUGUGUACUUUGCAAGGUUCAUCUCAGUUGUCAGUUUUUUAAACAUACAUCACAAUGUCUUGAAUAAAUACAAAUAUUGUGAGCAAACACAUUUUUGCAAAACUUGAAUAUUGUUCAUUUAUUUCAGUAAUUCAAUUUAAAAGGUGAAACUUAUAUAUAGACUCAUUACCUGCAAAGUGAGAUAUUUCUAGGAAUGGAAAAAAUUGUAUUGUAGUUGCGAGUACACCUGAGUAUUAUGCAAUUAUUCUUGCCUCAGUAAGUACCGCAAAGUGUCCUCCUUUUUGGUGUUAUGGUAAUGGCCACCCUGUGUUCUCGGUUGUAAUCAUUAUACAUGUACUGUACAAAACUGUACUCACCCCAGUUAAAAUGUUUGGUUAGUGUUAUUUCUUGUACUAAUUUUUUAUAACGUUGUUUUUUACUUAAAAUGCCAAAUUACAGUAAAGUUGUGUAAAAACCAGAAAUUAUGAGUGUAAUUUCAUACACCAUACAAACCUUUAACAUGACAUUUGAAUCCUGGCAUUUGAAUUGUGAUGUCUACACUUGUUGUUUAUAAGUAUGUGAAUAUUGCAUUCAUAUACAAAAUGAGUAAAGUACAGUGUUACACUAGUAAAUUUAUAGAAAUAAUAAACAGGCACAAGGCAUGUUAAUAUAAUUUGCUUUGGUCUGUUUUAUAGAUUUUAGUCAAAGUGCAGUUACUUUUGAAUACUUAAGGUCAAAUAAUAAACUCAGAUUUAACUGGAUGUUAACACUUUCUGCUUUAACCUAGAGACAGUUUUUUUCAAUUGAAACUGUAUUAUUCCAAUACAUUACAAUUAUUUAAUUUUUUGGUUUAAACUUUUUUUUAACUUUUUCAACCUAGUUUAAAACUUUUUAAACAUAGUUUAAAGGUAUUUAAACAUUUAGGUAAAAUCGUUGCCCCCUGCUGGACAUUAUUUGAUUACAUGAUUAGUAGUUGGAACGAGAUCAUGGAAACGCCAAAAAAUAUAAUUGCGUUGCUGCGUGAGUCACAGAUUCGAGGGGUAGGUCUGCAUAUUUUGCGCGAAACAGUCUGGGAAAACAAUGAUGAGGGAAGCGAUAUUACGCAUUUUCUCAAAGUGAGGAUUCCAGGAGACCGUGGUGAGUCCGUGAUCCCCGUACUCCGGCCCACAGACAUCGAAGCUUUGAAAGCAGCAGAAACAGUUCGUGAGGCCAUUCCGGUUGACGACAAUCGAUUUACGAUGGGGGACAGUGCACAAGACAAUCCAGAAUACUCCACAGAAGCAGUUGCAUCUGAUGAGGGAAGUACUCUUGCUCCUACUGGCUCUGUUCUCUUAAAAAAACUGAUGGAAGAGAAGAGUGUGUUGAUGGACCAGAGAGAUCAGUUGAGAACAGAGCUGAAUCAGUUGAUGGAUUCUGCUGCUGCUGCAUCUGCCCCUGCUCCAUCAACUGCACCUGCCCCUACUCACAGCUACAAGAAACCAACAAAGAAAAGGAUUAGCUCCUCAUCAUCUUCGUUGUCCACUUCCUCCUCUUCCACAUCUUCUUCAACAUCUUCUUCUGAGGCAGAAAAGAAGAAGAAGAAGAAGAAGAAGAAGAAGAAGAAGACAAAAAAACCCAACGAAAGAACAUUUGGGAGAAGGAUGACAACCCCGGAGCAGGUUACACACCGGUACCUGCAAAUUCUGACAACAUUCAGAAAAACAAAGAGCAUCCCUGAAUCCUUAAAAAAGCACAAGGUUGACAAAACUACCUUGGCCUUAACAAAUAUCAUUGCAGAGGUGGCAAUUGCAUCAGAUGGAGAGGACUUCACAGUGCCUCCCUAUACUGCAGGGACAACCUUGCAGUCAUAUGCAAAAGAUUUGCUGAAAUUUCUUUCAUCCUGCCCCCAGCUGAAGUCAAAAAUUGAAAAAAUGAAGGCAGCAAACAAGCUGUUGCCUAUAAAAAACAAAUUUAGGGGUUAAUUAUUUUCAAAUAAUUAAAUUGAUGUUCUUUUGUUAAAUUGUUCAUUCAUCGUUAGUUGUUUUUACAGUUUCUUGUUAUUCUUUUAAAAUUGUUAGUAUUUAAUAUGUUACAGUUUGGAUAAAUAUUUUUGUUUUAAAUAAACUUGUUUUGGGUUCAAUUAAGGUGUUUCUACUAUGCUUUUAAAUUUGUAAUUUAGUUCUUUGUUGAUAACUUUGGCUGAAAUUAGGUUUAUCUACACCAGUACUCUAAUAUUUAAUUUACCCUAUAACUACACAGAACAAAGGGGUAACAAAUGCCACUUUAAUUUACAGCCCCGCAGAUGUCGUACUUACUCUGUAACUAUGUGAAACAAAGGCGUAACAAGUGCCACUUUAAUUUACAGCCCGCAGUUGUCUUACUUACUCUGUAACUACGUGAAACAAAGGCGUAACAAGUGCCACUUUAAUUUACAGCCCGCAGUUGUUGUACUUACUCUGUAACUACCUGAAACAAAGGCGUAACAAGUGCCACUUUAAUUUACAGCCCGCAGUUGUCGUACUUACUCUGUAACUACAGGAAACAAAGGCGUAAAAAGUGCCACUUUAAUUUACAGCCCGCAGAUGUCGUAUUUACUCUGUAACUACCUGAAACAAAGGGGUAACAAGUGCCACUUUAAUUUACAGCCCGCAGAUGUCUUACUUACUCUGUAACUACCUGAAACAAAGGCGUAACAAGUGCCACUUUAAUUUACAGCCCGCAGUUGUUGUACUUACUCUGUAACUACCUGAAACAAAGGCGUAACAAGUGCCACUUUAAUUU